GUGUUGACUGUGAGACAUGGGAAACACUGGCACGGGAUCACCCAAUAUGGUGUGCCUACGUGAAAGAAGGUGAUGUACUCCAUGAGGAAAGCAGAAUUGUAGAAGCACAGAGGAAACUUGAGUCGUGCAAAUCCACCCUAAAUGUUUUAAUGGACUGCUGUGGUAGUGCCUUCUGAACUUAUAUUGGACUGAGCAUCCACAGCUGAACACACUGUACCCUGACUCCAACAUUGUGAUGUCAUUGGUCUUCUUUGAAAAUGAAGAAUAUACAAGAAUAUUCAGGUACUAAAGGCUCUGAAUGCAAAUCAUCUCCCAGGAAUCUAAGAAUAUGAAUCCUUAUGAAAUUAUUCUGAUGGUUGUCUUUGACACUCAGAUUGCAAUUGGAGUUCUAGGGAACUCUUUCCUAAUUUAUCUCUUCAGCAUCAUGAUCCUCACUGGACAAAGAAUGAGGGUCAUAGAUGAGAUUCUCAUCCAACUGGCCUGGGCCAACUUUUUAAUGAUUGUCUCCAAGAGCAUCCCCCACACAAUGGCAGCUGUGAACCUAAAGAAUUUAGUGAAUGAUCAUGGCUGUCAAAUUUUAUUUUAUCUUAAUGGAGUGUCUCGUGGUCUUUCCUUAAGCAUGACCUGCCUCCUGAGUAGUUUUCAGGCCAUCACCAUCAGUCCUAGCAGCUCCAAGUGGGCAGAGCUUAAAGACAGAGCCCUAAAGUACCCCACCCCCACCUCUUUCCUCUGCUGGAUCUUCCAUUUACUACUAAAUAUCCUUGUUCUUGAAAAAGUUGAAGGACCAAGGGUCUCUGGAAAUGUCUCAAACAUCCUACCUUAUGGAUAUUGUUCUACUUCAGCAGCCACCACAGUUAGUGCUUCACUAUUUGUUGUUGUGGUCUCCUUCCCUGAUGUUGUGUGUGUGAGUCUGAUGGUCUUUGCCAGUGGCUACAUGGUAUUGCUUCUGUAUAGGCACCACAGGCAAGUCCAGUAUAUCCACAUGACCAAACUUUCCCCUAGAGUCUCCCCUGAAACCAGAGCCACCCGGUCUAUCCUGCUCCUGGUUAGCACCUUUGUGUUUUUUUACUCAUUCAUUCCAUCUUGGCAGCAUAUAUACAUUUGAGAAAGCCAAAAAUCUGAUUGGCGUACAGCUCUACCUUCCUGGCUGCCUGCUUCCCAACUUUUAGUCCAUUUGUGCUUAUCAGCACUGACUCCCAAGUUCUAAGGUACUGCUCUGCUCUCUGGAAAGGAAUAACCUCUAGUGCCUAGUAGAGAGCCUGGCUCACAUAACCAAUUAAUAAACUCCCAUGGUUGAGUGACUGAUCUUCAACCCCAGUUUUAUAAGGCUCCUAUUACAGUAUUUCCUCUGGAUUAAUCUGUCACUGCUUCCCUUUGAGAAUAUCAUCCCAAAAGUUCAUUUCCCAGAGUGAAGGAUAAGUGGAGGUCUAUAGAGGUCUUUGCAAAUGGCAUUUAUGACUGAACUCAAGAGUAGGGUUCUCAGAUUUACUGUUCUGCAUGACAAUGUCAAUAUCAUAGAACUUGAGGGUUGUUGGGACCUAAGAAGGAGUCUAGUCCUAUAUAGUUCGGAGAAAUUCUUUCCAUAAUGUACCUGAAAAAAGUCAGCCAACCUCUGCUUGAAGGCUUCCAGGGCUGGGGAUUCUACUUCUUCCUCCAGUGAUGCAUUCUACUUUGGGACAGAUAUGGAUGUGGUGAACACACUUGGCUUUCUUUUGUCUUUACUUGCUCCCAACUCAGAUCUCUCUUGCUUCUCACUGUAACAUGUGCCUAGCUCUCCUGAUUUUGCUUUCUAGGGCUAAAGAAAAGCUUAAUCUCUUUCCAUAUGAAAACUCUCUUCAAGAAUUUUAGAACUUGCUUGUUUCCCUAAGCCUUCUGUUGCCCAGAAUAAACUUCCUGCAUUCCUGCAGUUGAUUCUAAAGUCGAACUGAGUCCAGUUCCCAUUUUCUCUUGGUGAAUUGGCUUAGUACUUUAACCCAAAUUUUUUAUAUUCAUAUUUUAUAUUUAUAAU